GUACCUCCAGAUCUGUUACUGAGAAGCCUGAGAUACCAGUGCCAUCAUAAAGAAGCCAUACCUGAAUCAAAGGAAAUGGAAGACAGUAAUAUGCUACCACAGUUCAUCCAUGGCAUACUAUCAACAUCACAUUCUCUAUUUACACGAAGUAUCCAAGAGCUUGAUGAAGGGGCCACCACACCAUAUGACUACGAUGAUGGUGAGCCUUGUCAUAAAACCAGUGUGAAGCAAAUUGGAGCUUGGAUCCUGCCUCCACUCUACUCCCUGGUAUUCAUCUUUGGUCUUGUGGGCAACAUGUUGGUCAUUAUAAUUCUGAUAGGCUGCAAAAAGCUGAAGAGCAUGACUGAUAUCUACCUGCUCAACUUGGCCAUCUCUGACCUGCUCUUCCUGCUCACACUACCAUUCUGGGCUCACUAUGCUGCAAAUGAGUGGAUCUUUGGGAAUAUAAUGUGUAAAGUAUUCACAGGGCUCUAUCACAUUGGUUAUUUUGGUGGAAUCUUUUUCAUUAUCCUCCUGACAAUUGAUAGGUACUUGGCUAUUGUCCAUGCUGUGUUUGCUUUAAAAGCCAGGACAGUUACCUUUGGGGUGAUAACAAGUGUAGUCACUUGGGUGGUAGCUGUGUUUGCCUCUCUACCAGGAAUCAUAUUUACUAAAUCCAAACAAGAUGAUCACCAUUACACCUGUGGCCCUUAUUUUACACAACUAUGGAAGAAUUUCCAAACAAUAAUGAGAAAUAUCUUGAGCCUGAUCCUGCCUCUACUUGUCAUGGUCAUCUGCUACUCAGGAAUUCUCCACACCCUGUUUCGCUGUAGGAAUGAGAAGAAGAGGCACAAGGCUGUGAGGCUCAUCUUUGCCAUCAUGAUUGUCUACUUUCUCUUCUGGACUCCAUACAAUAUUGUUCUCUUCUUGGCCACCUUCCAGGAAUCCUUGGGAAUGAGUAACUGUGUGAUUGACAAGCACUUAGACCAGGCCAUGCAGGUGACAGAGACUCUUGGAAUGACACACUGCUGCAUUAAUCCUGUCAUUUAUGCCUUUGUUGGAGAGAAGUUCCGAAGGUAUCUCUCCGUAUUUUUCAGAAAGCAUAUUGCCAAACAUCUCUGCAAACAGUGCCCAGUUUUCUAUAGGGAGACAGCAGAUCGAGUGAGCUCAACAUUCACUCCUUCCACUGGGGAGCAAGAAGUCUCAGUUGGGUUGUAAAGGAGAGCAGAAGGCUGAAGGUAGUGAACGACCAAGAAUACGGAGAAAAGCCAAUUCCUUCAUCAGGCAUAGAGAGCUGCAGCAAAAAGGCAGAGAUAUAUGGGACAGUAGAAGUGGUGUGUCUAAAACUAUAUAGAAUAAGAAGCAAAAUGGAUGCCUCAGCACUGAGGAAAGGUUUCUGUCAGUUUAUAAACUGGUUUUGUAUUAUUGCUGCUAUUUUCUGCCUCCUCAAUACCUUUGCAACUGCCUCUUUCCUCAUAGCCUUUAUCUCUCAGCCUCCACCUGAGAAAGGUGUAUAUGGAAUAGCCAAACAUGAAAACCUGGAUAGUUCUAUAAGAGGAAAAAAAACACUGUUAUGUUAUGUUUUCGUGGGUAAAACAAAACUGGAUGAAGCAGAGACAGAAGUCUUGCUUUGAAAAUAAUACUUGGGAAUAUAUCUUAAUUACAUGGCAAAAUAAACCUGGAUAAAAAUGAUUACAGAUGGAGUGGGAAGAAGUGUGUCACAGACUAUGUGCUAAAGCCUUAUUUUUGGAUAUAAACAUAAUUCAAAUAUUUAAAAACUGAAAAUAGAAAAAAAUAAAAUCAAGACUGGAAAGUUUAACUUCUAAAUGUGAUGAAAUACCUUUGUAAGAGUUCUUAUCUUGCCAAGCUUGAAAAUAGUUUAUUAGUUAUAGAAGAAAUUCUGGCUUUGAGCUUAUGAACUAACAUAGACAACUCAGGAUUGACAGGGACUUGGGGUUUGUGGUCUGUGGGCUUACCCAACCAUGGUGAUUUAGACUCUAAGCCAUCUGGAUCCUAGCAUGUGCUACAUAGAUGUCAUGUGCACAUGCAAGUGGUUUACUUGCUCUUUCAGGCUUGGUUUCCCCAAACUCCUUUGGAUCUUUUGUCCUAAAUGUGAUCUUGGUGAAAGAUUGUCCUUUGAGUGAGUGGGAGAUCCUAAGUCAAAUCAACUCCUUAUCAAGAAUUUAAAAGUAAAUAUACAAAGGAGAGGAGUUAUAGAAAUGCCUUUUCGUAAGAAAAAUAUCUCCCCUGAAUUGAGCCAAAAAUGUUCUUCCCUGUCCACUAAUGAGUUUCUUAUCUAACAGAAGCAAGAAACAAAGGAACAGACAACUUGAGAGCUGGAAGUCAUUGUGGUCUGGCUUUGCUACCACAUGAUGAGAAGAAAUUUCUAAAAGAAGUAGGGGAUGACAGUAUCACCUUCAGUUAGCCUAACACUUUUAUUUUAAUGAUAAUGAGAUGCAAAUACUUGUAAAACUAUGAUUUAGAAAAUAAACCAAUGCUCUAUCUAUAGUGCUAGAAAUAUUAAAAAGAAACAAGUGUAUGCUUUGUUAUUCUAGUGUGGUUGACUAUUUUGUUCAUGACUACACAACUCUUUUCCCUGGACUACUUUACAAAUUUUAUACCUGGUGUUUGAUGGAGAGGUAUGACUUACAGCUUGCCUUCCAGGAUAUACACCCUUCUAUAGUACGUGGGCUAGAAGACAAACACAAGUGACAUCAAUAUCUUCUGAUUAUAGUCCCAGCAAGGCUGAGCUGAGACUCUUUUCAGCGAAAUGUAGCCCUCCAUCUUGGUGAGUAAGCAGAUAUGAGGACUGAAGCUAGGAUCCCAGCCAUGGAGAAGAGGAGCAAGAAAUCCAUGUCCACAUGAUAAGUCACUGGGUCAGGGGGUUAUUUGUUAAAUACAAUGCUGAC